GCCCCGCCCCUUCCGGUCGGGUCCGUCCCGGCUUCUCCGGACCACACGUGUGUUCUGCCAGGAUCCCCUGUGUGAGCUGAGGCGCCGCCGUCGGUGAGGCUGCCCGACCUGGAGUGCGGAGGCCCCCGGGGCGCGAGGACGUCACCAUGCCUAAAGCACUAAAGGGAAAAGGUGUAGGACGAGAAAAAAAAGUCAUCCAUCCAUAUAGUAGAAAAGCAGCCCAAAUUACGAGGGAGGCCCACAAACAAGAAAAAAAGGAAAAGUUGAAGAAUGAAAAGGCAUUGCGGCUCAAUCUUAUUGGUGAAAAACUGCAGUGGUUUCAAAAUCAUCUGGAUCCCAAAAAAGGAGGGUAUUCAAAGAAAGAUGCUUGUGAAUUAAUUGAAAGGUAUUUAAAUCGAUUCAGCAGUGAGCUGGAGCAGAUUGAAUUACAUAACAGCAUCAAAGACAGGCAGGGAAGGCGGCACUGUUCCCGGGAGACAGUCAUCAAACAGACAAUGGAGCGGGAGCGACAGCAGUAUGAAGGCUAUGGCCUCGAGAUUCCAGAUAUUCUAAAUGCAGGUAAUCUGAAAACUUUUAGGGAAUGGGAUUUUGAUCUGAAGAAAUUGCCAAACAUUAAAAUGAGAAAAAUGUGCGCUAACGAUGCAGUUCCCAAGAAGCACAAGAAGAAAACUACUACACCUGUGGACAAAGAUUUAGGGGAGCUACAGCUACAUGAGGAAUCAGGUGACUCAGAUGAGGAAAUGACUGCAGUGGCCUAAUUGUUCUUUACUUGAGUUGAAAAUAGGUAAUUUGAGAACCUCAAGUUACAUUUGAAUUGAUUAUGUUAAAGAAUUGUCUAGAUACAAGAAUUUGCUAUUUAGCUCAUCUUACAAGAUGAAAAUACCAUUUGCAGCUUAAAAAACAAUGUUUUGAUUUUUAUUUAAAAAUGAAUGUUGCUUUUUAUUUACAUUAAAUUGCUAAAAUAGAUAGUGACAUAAAAUAAAAUAGUGACCUUUAAGAUCGAUUUUAUCUUAUUAUCUGGGGCAGGAAGGAGCAUUAUGAAUAAGGACAAAAAAUGUUUUAAUUCUUUUCCUCAUGUUUACUUAGGAUCACCAUAAUCUCACAUUUGGGGGCAAUGACAGCAACCUGUUUUCUAAAAGGGUCCUGUGGGUGCUUCUUCAGCAGUGAUAACAAAAUUACCUUUCACUAAUGUUCCUCUUAAACAUUAAAUCUAAAUAUAAUAUGGAAUGCCUAUACACUGAUGGAUUAUACAUUAUUUUUAUUUAUUAUCUUUGAGCCAGAGCUAAAUGUUAAGAAAAAAAAUGCAGUGACUAUUUUUAGGUUGAUCUCUCUCGCAUAAUCUGGUAUCUUUUGAUAAAGGGAAUAGAUGAUUUCAGGUUAUCUCUUUUUGUUUGUAUAUUUUCUACUUUCUCAUUGUGAAAAGUGAUAAGUUUUAUUUGUGGAAACAGACCUAAAGAUUAGAGAACCAAUUUUUUCAAUUGUGUUAUUUUUUCUUCUAAGAGGUAGGUUAAAUGACAACUAGUAUAACUCAGUAUUUCAAAUGUCAUGAAUAUUAUGGAGGUAGUAGAAGGUUGUUCUUCCCAGAACUUGCAUGCAAGUAUCUUUUAGUCUAUUUCUGAAGGAUGAAAUGCAAGUAUAUUGGAGUCUUUUCAAGAAAAAGGAAUAAAACAUUAAUGCCAUAUGAGGUUAACUAGGUAUGAACUAAAUUAUAUUAACAGUUUAUUAAAAAUGUUAUGGAUUUUUUACUGUUGAAAAUUAAAAAUAAAAUUUAUUUUUAUAA